AUGGCUACCAACUCAGCUCCCGGUGAACAAUUCGAAGUUCGUCAAACCUCCGCUACAGAAGACUGGCACCCAGAUCCAUCGAAGUCCAUUCCAUUAGACAAAGCUAGACAAGCUCUUGUCGAUGACAUUAUCGCUCUGUACAGCUGCGAGCCCACAAUCGAGCGAGUAAAACGCUACACGCCAGAUUGCGUCUAUGAUGAUCAGUUCGUCUAUGCCAACGACAGAUACAAGAUGGCAGGGCAGUGGUUUGCUCUGCCAAAACUUUUCAAGGCUUCGAAGAAUGAGGGCUAUCAAAUUGUUCGCAGCGACGACGAGGUCAUCCAAUUCAAGAAUGAACAAUCUUGGACCUUCAAGAUCAUCCCGAAAACAGCCACAAUCAACGCACUAGUUACCCUCUCCCUCGACCCCGAGACCGUCCACAGCGAUUUCAUUCGUGUGAAAUAUCACAAGGAUCAGGCCAACGACAAAGACUAUAGCCACGAAGGACUGGGAUUCUCGUUCAAAAAGUGGCAAGCUGAUCAAGUCGCAAAGCAUAUGGACAGUAAAGAAGUUGCUGUUUUCGAGGGCGAUAAGAAUGCUGCAAAGGAGCACGUUAGAAAGUAUGGUAGUGGAACAGGAGAAGCACCAGAGAAGAACUUGUAG